AUGUAAAAAAUUCUUAAAUAUCCAUUUACAAAUUUGAAUAAAUCAUAGCCAUUUUUUACCAAAACAAAAAUAGGAUUAACUUUUGGUGUUGGAUUCUCAUAUAUUUUAUAUAGAUAAGGUAGAGAAAGAUAUCAGUAAAUGCAUUUUUCUUCAAUGUACAAUUAAAUUCCUGACACUGAAGUAAUUCAAAUAUUUAAUCAAGGCUCUAACAUAAGAAUACUUUGGAGAGAAAAAUAAUAAAUAACUCUCUUUAUUUUAGAGAAUGAUCUAAAAUUUAAGAAGAAAAAUCAGAUUUAUGCAUUUGCUAUUAAAAUUUUUACCUUUAGCUAUUACUCUGCCAUUCUCAUUAAUAUUCAAGUCUUAUUUGUUUCCAUAUUGGCUUAAGUACUUAGUUUACACACUUUAAUCAGCUGGUCCAUUAUGGAUAAAAUUAGGACAAUGGGCCAGUCAUAGAGGAGAUAUUUUUGGAGAAGAAAUUAUUAAGGCAUUAGAAUCAUUAAGAGAUGAUACUCCUCCACAUUCUUUAGAUAAGACUUACAAAUAAUUUGAAUAAGCUUUUAAUAAGAAAAUCAAAGAUGUUUUUGAUGAAUUUGAAGAAAAACCAAUAGCUUCAGCUUCAAUUGCUUAAGUUCAUAAAGCUAAAUUGAAUGGAGAAUAUGUUGCUAUUAAAGUUAGGCAUCCAGAUAUUAUAGAUAAUUUAGUGAUGGAUAUAAGAAUAUUAUAUAAAAUUGCAAAUUUUUUUAGUGAAACUUUAAAAAUUAAAUAAUUAGGGAUGCCUGUUACAUUUGAAGAAUUUUAGAAAACUCUUGUAAAUUAAACUGAUUUAAGAUUUGAAGGUAGAAACCUUAAGGUAUUUUGUGAGAAGUUUAAAAAUAAUCCUCAUGUUGUAUUUCCAAAACCUAUUGAAGAAUAUAUAUCAGCAGAUAUUCUAACAGAAACUUAUGAAGAUGCUAUACCAUUAACAUAAUUCUUAAAGUAAGAAAGAACAGAGGAGCACCUAGCUUUAGCCAAUUUAGGUUUGAAAGCAUUUUAUAAAAUGUUAAUUUAUGAUAAUUUUAUACAUGCAGAUUGUCAUGCAGGCAAUAUCAUGAUAAGAAUUAAAGAUUUUCCUGUUCCUAAAACAUUUAAUGAAAAAAUAUAAUAAAAAUUAUGGAAUCUUUAAGAUACAGUUUAUGAAAUUGUUGAUGACAUAAUAGAGAAAGGGUUAACAAAAAUAGCAGAAUAUCAAACAUAAUAGACAAUGGAUUAAGGAAAUGUAUUUAUUAUUUAAUUAUUUUUAUAGAUGUUAAAAUUAAAAUAAGAAAAAAAGUCAGAUGAAAGGUUAUUUCAUAAAUUUUUAAGAGGUUAAGGAUAAACAAGAAAGGAUGUUUAAAUAAUUUUUUUAGAUCCUGGAAUGAUAACAAUAUUAAAUAAAAGUGAUCGUGCAUCAUUUAUUAAAUUAGUAAUGUUUGUAACUUUGAGAAAACCUUAUGAAUGUGGAAAAUUAAUGUUGCAAUUAGCAUAAUAUAAUUAAAGAUAAAUCGAACAAAAAGUAUAAGAUAAAUUUAUGAAAGAAAUGUAAGAUUUAUUUACAAAUGUAUGUAAAGUACCUUUAGCUUAAAUGAAUAUAGGAUAGGUCUUGAGAUCUAUGUUAGAAAUUUUAAGAGCAAAUGGAAUGUCAAUUGAAGGUCAUUUUGCAGCUCUAUUGACUAACAUGAUUGUAUUAGAAGGUUUAGCAAAAGCUCUUGAUCCAGACUUAAAUAUAGUUGCUAAAGCAGCAUCUUUCAUAAUUCAUAUUAGAACAAUAGAUAAAACUAUUGAUGAAAUCAUCUAACAAGCAUUGUGAA